AUGGCGUCCACACUUGCUCUACGCCGCUUAUGCGCUCCCUCUUUCACAAGCCGGCUCGCUGUUCGAUCCCUCUCCAUCACCCGAGUCUUGCGCCAGGACGAGGACAAGCCUGCAUUCGCAUUCGCAUCGGGCCCAGCUCCCCCGCGCCUUCCUAAGGAAGAACAAGAAAUCUUCGAAGACCUUCAGCGCCGCUCAACUGGCGCUUUCAGCACACCUCAAGUCAACCAGUCCCCGCAAGCCGAGAUCAAGGUCAACGGCAGUGGCGAGGAGCUCCACCCAGAUACGCCGCAAGGCUUGAAGCCCGAGUUCGAAGGCGAGAAGAACCCCAAGACUGGCGAAAUUGGUGGCCCUAAGAAUGAGCCUCUGCGAUGGGGUUCUGCGGGAGAUUGGAGCUAUGGUGGCCGGGUGACCGACUUCUAA